AUUCGAUUCUCACGAACGCUUCCAGAUGGUUCGUUCCUCUCCGUCUCACAUCGAUCAUCUUACACUACACUACACGUGUCCACGCACACAUACACACAGACAAAGAGGAGAACAGAACAACAGGCACAGAAGCAAGACCUACUAUCCGUCAAGUGCAAGCAAAAGCAUCGCAGAGCAGAGCAGAGCAGUCCUUCGGACCACACUCCCUCUGCAUGCACUGACUGCACUUCAAGACUCGUUCCUAUCACCACCCCCAACCUCCACAGAGGCAUCAUACACACCUAGCUGCACCACAUCCCGAAGCCGCCUCAGCUCAAACAGACACAGCGGCCUCUCACCAUGACCCAGUCGUCUCGGCACCAUCCCUGCCAUCCACAUAUCACCAGCACCAUCCAACACAGCCGUAAACUCCCCCCCAGCAGCCACAGCAGCCACACGAGACAUGUCAGGGGGAAGGGGGACGGCCGUCGGCGUCUCGACAUUCAGGCUGGCCGCCGUGGCAUCAUCCUCUCCAUCGAGGCUCUGACUAGACGUCGAUCGGACAAAAGGUGGUGGAGGCGAGGGCGAUGGCUGCCUCUCUCUCCGCAGCAGAGGGGCGGGUGACGGAGCCCGCCUUCCAGGCUCCCCCAAAGCAUCGUUUGCAUCAUCUCGACCGCCCCCUACCCCCAGUUGCCCGACAUUGUUUCCCCCGAAGGCGAAGAGCCGCCCAGCGGUCGUCCACGCGACCGAGUGUUCGCCCCCACAUACGACCCUCACCACUCGCUCUGUGGCCAUCAGGGGGAUAUGGAUCCGUUGCGGCUCAUCUAAACGGCUGCUUGGCGAUGCGCUCCGCUGCGGCAUCAGGGGAGGGGGAGGGACAGGGAUGGCCAUCGGGGUGGGGGCCGGCUGGGUGGUGUGGAUGGGGAGGGUGCUGGUGUUGGUGUUGGCUGCUGGGACAGGGGGAGGCAGGGGAGUGGGGCCACGCCCCAGCUGGCCGGACUCGUUGAUCCCCCACGUCCAUACGCGGCCGUCAAUGUUCACCUGACGUAUGAAAGCAGGCAGAGGCUUGGCUUGGCUUCUAUACGUCUUCUGUCUAUCCUUCACUUACGGCGACACUAUGUCGAUGGCCGGCGGCUAUGUGGCCAAUGGCGCCGGCCGCCCUCCUCAGCCCCUGGAUCUCAUGCGCAUGCGGCCCUUCCUCCCUCCGACCAGCCUCGCCCCUCCGUCGCCCAGGACCGAGGUUGCCCCACCCCGCCUCGCCAAAGCCAAACACGCGCCCACAUUGUGACAGCAGCAGUGUGAAGCUGUCCCCUGCCGCGGCACUCACGAUGUGGUAGCUCUCGAUGCCGCCCACUUUCUCCAUCCGUCCUCCUGGCUGCGGGUAGAGAUCUGACCGCCACCUGCCCCACACGAAGGCAUUCCCCGGGUGUGUGAGGGCAAUGGCGUGCCCCAUGCCGCAGACGACGCGGCUGACACGGAGAGAAAGAGAUGGGCUGCUGGGCGUGUGCAGCACGUAGGGCUCCGUGACGAGACGCAAAGGGGCCUCCACAUCCCGGCUGAUGCUGCUCCUGCUGCUGCUGCUGUUCUGAUCACGUGUGGUCAGUCGAGAGGCUGGGAAGCGCUGACGGCUGCGGGCAACAGGGCCGUGGGGAUGGGGUGUUGUGAAAGUUGCCAUGAGGGCGCGCAUCCGAUUGGUCCUCAGACCGAAAUGACAGCUCCCAGCAGUGACGCUGUCGAUGCGCUCUGGCUGCGAAGGGGGAAGGGAAGGUGAUGAGGAAGAUGCCGUCGACGCAGCACCGACAAAGUCGCCCCACAGAAAGCGGCGGAUGGAGCGAGUGCGUGCCGGGGGCGCGGGAAAACUGGCCGGCACGCGCACCGCAGCGACCGAUUGCCGGCCCGGUGAGGCACCGUCCGUCGUCACUCCCAGGGCAAGGAGCUCGAGGCCUCGGCCGAUAAUGAGGAAGUCCCCGUCAGGUCGAUGGCGAUAGAUGAGAUGCUGCGGGCCGGCUUGCAGGGCGACCGGCUCGGCCAGCUGCCUCUCCCUGAAAGCCACAUAACGCAGCUCGGUCUCGCCGGGACGCAGCAGCCGCCGGGGAGAUGCCUGCUCCGCCGACUCGACAGCUGGAUGUGGCUGCGGGUGCGGGGUGGGCAGCGCGGAAGCCGAUGACGCAUGUGGCACUUCCGCAGGCGGAGGGCCGGCCGCUGUGAGACCGAAGCGUUCUGACCCGCUGAUAGACCCGCUAGUGCUCCGGACUCGGCGCAGCGCCUCUGCUGGCAGCUCGGGGACGCUCAGAAAGGUGCUAGACGCCCGGGCGCAGUCUUCAAGAGGUGGAGGCACCUCAGCAGGGUCAGGUGGGAGGGUCCGCUCGACCCCAAGCAGGCGAUCGUGCGCCACAGCGUUGACUGCCGCAUUGAAAGCAGGAGCCACUCCUGCAGUGCUGGCGAGAGAUGCAGUAUCGAGAUGGCCGAGGAUGGCGUUGAGAGGGCCGUGCUCGCUGACCAGCAACUCGGAAGCAGACUCAGCCCCGCCGUCUGCCGCCGCGGCGUCCUGACCGUCAGGCAGAGGGGGUGGUUCUGCUGGGAAUGGACAGGAGCUGCUCGACGUCGGCUGCAUUGGAACUGCCUGGGAGUGCGCUGCUCUGAUGAGGAUGAGGGAGGGAGGGAGGCAUCGGGUGAGCGGCAGCGGUUUCAGGGAGCACCCUAGGCGCAU